UGGGUGCCUAGAAGGGGAGCGCGCGCGCACGCAUACCUGCCACGCGCCUUGACAGCGCGAGCCAGCCGGCCGGCCCGCCAGCCCGCGCGGUGUAACCUGAAGCCCCCCCCCACUGGUUUAAAAAAGACGCCCAGCCUUUGUGCCUUAAAAGGAAGGACGGACAGGCGGGCGGGAGGGAGGCCACGGACCUCAGCGGCUGCGGGAAGCUCUUCUUUCCCGAGAGAUUUCUCUCUCCAUCUCUCUCUCUCUCUCUCCUUCUUCCUCCCCCCCCCAUUUUCUUCUCCUCAAAAGCAAAGGAAAGCAAGCAAGGCUCGACCAUGAAUGGGACGCUGGGAGACCUGCACGACUACAUCCUGAACGAGGACGAAGGGGCGUUUAUGUUUACUUCCGAGUCGGUGGGAGAAGGGCAUCCAGACAAGAUCUGUGAUCAGAUUAGUGAUGCUGUCCUUGACGCCCAUCUGAAACAAGAUCCAGAUGCUAAGGUUGCUUGCGAGACAGUGUGUAAGACUGGGAUGGUGCUACUCUGCGGCGAGAUUACAUCCAGAGCUGUGGUGGAUUAUCAGCAGAUCGUCCGAGACACAAUCAGGAACAUAGGUUAUGAUGAUUCAGCCAAAGGCUUUGACUACAAAACAUGCAAUGUCCUUGUGGCAUUGGAACAGCAGUCACCUGACAUUGCCCAGGGUGUCCAUCUGCACCGGAGUGAAGAAGAAGUUGGUGCUGGGGACCAGGGCUUGAUGUUUGGCUAUGCAACAGAUGAGACAGAAGAAUGCAUGCCCUUGACCAUCAUGCUGGCUCACAAACUGAAUGCCAAAAUGGCCGAUCUGAGACGCAAUGGAAUCCUCCCUUGGCUUAGACCAGACUCCAAAACACAGAUCACAGUUCAGUAUAUUCAGAAAGAUGGUGCUGUUAUCCCCGUGCGCGUUCACACCAUCGUCAUCUCUGUGCAGCAUGAUGAAACCAUCUCUUUGGAUGCCAUGCGCAAGGCCCUGAGGGAGCAAGUGAUCAAGAUUGUGGUUCCAGCCAGAUAUUUAGAUGACAAAACAGUUUACCACCUUCAACCCAGUGGCCGAUUUGUCAUCGGAGGGCCCCAGGGUGAUGCUGGAGUUACUGGCCGGAAGAUCAUUGUGGAUACUUACGGUGGAUGGGGAGCUCACGGAGGAGGAGCCUUUUCAGGCAAAGACUACACAAAGGUUGAUCGGUCGGCAGCGUAUGCAGCCCGCUGGGUUGCUAAGUCUUUGGUGAAGGCAGGGCUGUGCCGUCGUGUCCUGGUCCAAGUUGCCUAUGCCAUUGGUGUGGCUGAGCCACUCUCCAUCUCACUCUUCACUUAUGGUACCUCUACAAAGUCUGAACAAGAGCUGCUAAACAUCGUGCACCAGAAUUUUGACCUUCGGCCUGGAGCCAUCGUCAAGGAUCUGGAUCUAAAGACGCCCAUCUAUCAGAAGACCGCCUGUUAUGGUCACUUUGGAAGAAGUGAAUUCUCUUGGGAGGUACCCAAGAAACUGGCAUUUUAAUGAUCACCAGGCUGACCUGCUUAAGAUUAUAUGGAUUUCACAACAAAGGGUGCUUCCACUGACCAUCCUCUUAAACUGAGAGAACGGAGAAAGGAUAUUUUCAUGGAACUGCCAUUGUUUGUAUUCUCAGCGUCUCGCCCCUCACAUAUACACAUAUACAGAUGAUCAGAAUGCAGAGGAAUACCAUUUUCAAACUUU